AUGAAGGACCCGCGAGCAUCCAAGAGGAGAAGAGUAUCCGAAGACGCUGAUGGAGAUAUUGAAAUGGGAAAUGAUGGACAAGACGUAUUCUCCGUCCCAUCAUCUCCCAACAACGACCGGACUUCUCCCACACCCGUCAAAAGCGCAUCACGGCGUCGAUCUACGCGCGAUGCAGACACCGCGAACCCCGACAUGACAGCCCCAGGUAGCGAGGUGUUGAAAGAUGAAGCGCAAACCCCCCCACGAGCUGGAACACGGUCAAGCGGGCGACAGCGCAAAACACCGAAAAGAUUCGAAGAAGAAGUCAUGGCACCUGGGCGGAGAAAAUCAGCAGCUACUCCUUCACAAAGUGCGCGUGCGACCCGAAGCGCGCAAAAGCCGCGACGGUCUAAGGUGGUCGACGACGACGAAGAUGAAGAUGAACAUACUCCCGAACCUGAGGAAGAUGAUGAUGACGAGGAUGACAUGGAUGUCGACGAGUCAUCCCCCGAACCCACCCGGCGCUCGGUCACAAGAACCAAAUCGAAGAGGAGCACAGCGAAACCCAGACCCAAGAAAGCAGCUCCGGCUAAAGAGACGAAAGAGAAGUCGCCUUCGCCUGAGUAUGAAGACGACUUGGACGACCUUGUUGCAAUGCAGCUCCAACAGGAUCUUCAUGUCCAGCCGGAGGCGUACGAGACCGCGGAUAUCUCUGAACCGAUGCCAGAAUAUGCUGAGAACUUCCAGACGCUUUGUCAAGAGGGGUUGGAAGACGAAACGCGCAUUCUUUCUACCAUAAUUCUCGAAAAGCUGUCGGGGAAACGGCAGAUUCCUGUUCGCGGACUCGAGACUGAAUACCAGAAAGUACACCAGCUCAUUGAACAGACAGUCUCAGUGGGCGAGGGUAACUCCAUGCUUCUUCUCGGAUCUCGAGGAUGCGGCAAGACUGCCAUCGUGGAGUCCAUCAUCUCGUCCCUUGGGAAAGAGCACAAGAACGAUUUCCACGUCGUUCGCUUGAAUGGUUUUCUACACACGGAUGAUCGUCUAGCCCUACGAGAGAUGUGGCGCCAGCUUGGUCGUGAGAUGCACACCGAGGAAGACACAGCCAAAGUCAGUUCCUAUGCGGACACAAUGGCUACGCUCUUGGCUUUACUGUCACACCCGGAGGAACUUUUCGGGGCCUCUGGGGACCCAGAAGCAAAGACUGCUGCAAAGUCCAUCGUGAUCUUGCUGGAUGAGUUUGAUCUAUUCGUCACCCACCCACGACAAACUUUGUUGUAUAAUCUCUUUGACAUUGCCCAAGCCCGCAAAGCCCCUAUUGCGGUCAUCGGGCUGACGACAAAGGUCGAUGUAACCGAGAUGCUUGAAAAACGUGUAAAAAGUCGAUUUAGUCACCGAUAUACGUAUGUCUCGCUACCUCGAUCUUUGGAGACCUUUUCGGAUAUCUGCCUAGGGAGUCUGGAUCUCAGUGAAGCAGAGAUGGCCGACAUUGCAGAUGAGCUUGGCUCUGAACGCGGUCUGGUUGAGUCUCACGGAUGGAAUACACUGCUGGAGGCAUGGAAGGACUACUUGAAGCAUUUGUGGAAUGACAAAGACUUCCAAUUCCACCUCAGGCGUAUCUACAACCAAACCAAAUCCGUGAAGGAGUUCUUCAACAGCGCCCUCCUCCCUAUCAGCGAUUUGUUACAAAGUGUAUCCACCGCCGACCCAUCCAUCCCCGAAGUCCCUACUCCGAAGAGCUUCGCUUCUCAAGCCCUCGAUUGCCCCGAUCCAGCACCUCUUCCCUUCCCCACAUCUUUUACAUCAUCAAGUCCUUCAUCAUUGCCAUUGGCAUUGCUAGUAGCCGCAACACGCUUGGCAGCCCUAUUCGACCCCGGAAACGACGGGUCUCAGUCUCACAACAUGGGACCACUUGCACUUUCUUUCCCCGCCGCCUAUGCCGAAUACGUUCGGCUGCUGACGUCCGCAAAGACGUCGGCCUCCGUGUCCGGUGCUGCGGCCACUCCCGGCCGUGUCUGGGGCCGGGACGUGGCCAGAGAGGCGUGGGAGAAGCUGCUUAGCUGGGGUCUCGUUACUCCGGUGGGUAGUGGCAAUGGGACUGCAGACGGGCAGAUGUUCCGUGUGGAAAUCAGUUUUGAGGAAGUCAUUGAGAUGGCUGGCUCUGGAGGUGCUUUGGGCCAGUGGUGGCGUGAGUAA